UAACUCUUGUCCGAGGAGGUUCGAGGAAGCACCCGUUGUCUUCCAAUCUCCCCACACCCUUGAUAAUUUUUGACUAGAACCAGACAGAAAAUUUUCAAAAAUGCCUGUUUCUUCUCUCUCCUUUACCCUAAUCUCCAAAACACCGAAAAUCUCUCCUCCCAAAGGCUUUAGUUUCACUAGCUUCACUAUUUCACAAAAUCCCCGCCUUAAAAUCAAUCCCAUUUUCAGACCCUCCACUAUCACCUUCUUCCUCCCAAAACGGAAACCCAAUGUCAAAACUCAAAACAAAUCCCAUAUCCGCGGCCUAUUCACCGGAAUCGUCGAAGAAAUGGGCGAAAUCAAGCAAUUGGGCGUCGCUGAACAUGGUGGAUUCGAUAUGAGAAUCGGCGCCAAGACUGUUAUUGAAGGCGUAAACCUCGGCGAUAGCAUUGCUGUGAACGGUACCUGCCUUACGGUGACGGAAUUCGACACCAAAUCGUCUGAAUUUACCGUCGGUUUAUCGCCCGAGACUUUGCGAAAAACAUCAUUGAGCGAGCUCGAACCUGGCUCGGUCGUGAAUUUGGAGCGGGCGGUGCAGCCCACGAGCCGAAUGGGCGGGCAUUUCGUACAGGGGCAUGUGGAUGGGACGGGGGAGAUAGUGGCAAAGGAGCCUGAGGGGGAUUCCUUGUGGAUUAAAGUAAAAACGGGGAAGGAGUUGUUAAAAUAUAUCGUGCCCAAGGGAUUUAUAGCGGUGGAUGGGACGAGUUUGACGGUGGUUGAUGUGUUUGAUGAUGAGGGCUGCUUUAAUUUCAUGUUGGUGGCUUAUACUCAGCAGAAGGUGGUGAUUCCUUUGAAGAAAGUUGGGCAGAAGGUCAACUUAGAGGUGGAUAUACUGGGGAAGUACGUGGAGAGGCUGCUUAGCUCUGGUUUUGUUGAGUCUAUUAGAUCUUCAUGACAGAAGGUCCAACUUUCUGCAUAUCUUCGAGGUCAAGACCUUUAUGGAUACGUUGAUGGAACCUCUCUUCCUCCUGAGCAGUUUUUACCUGCUAGUGACAAUAAUAACCCCAAAACAAACCUAGAAUACCUUACUUGGGUGCGCACAGAUCAACUGGUUCUCAGUGUUCUGUUUUCAUCCCUCUCGGAUUUUGUCCUUGGACAGGUUCUUUCAUCUAGCACAGCAUGAGAGCUUUGGCUUUCUUUGAAGUCAAUGUUUGCUUCUCAUUCACGUGCAAAAGAAUUCCAAGUAAGAUUCCAGCUUACAAAGCUUUCCCGUGGCGAUCUGUCUAUCUCAGAGUAUUUUGGGAAGGUUAGAAACCUUGUUGAUACACUGGCAGCAACGGGUAACCCUCUCCCAGACAAAGAAUUCGUCACUUAUCUCCUCACUGGUCUUGGACCAGCCCCUAUGAAUCCUUUGUGACAGAAGUCACUACAAGAUCAAACCUUGAGUUAAAAUCAGGCUUCAUUUGGAACUUCUUAGCAAGCUCAAACCUUGGUGUCGAACGGUUGUGUGAUAACUUUGGAUCUUUGAUGGCAUUGUGACGGUAAGUAUACCCUUUACUGGUAUGGUGUUUGAGAAAAGUCUUAAUGCCCCUUUGAUAGCUCUUUCUUCCUAAAGAACGGAGAAGUGGAUGCUAAUGACAAUUGCCCUAAUAGCCUUGUGAAUGAGGUGUACAAAAUAAUUGCAGUUCUUGCAAAUCAAUUGAGUAGGGUUGUUGAGAAGAUUAUUUCAUUGUCAAAAAAAUGCAUUUGUCAAAGUUAGGCAAAUCUUAAAUUUAGUGCUUAUUGCUAAUCAAUGUAUAUGUGGUAGGCUUAGUUCAUGAGAACUAGGGUUGCUUUGUAAAUUAGAUAUUGAGAAGGCUUAUGAUCAUGUGAAUUGGGAUUUUCUUUAUUAUGUGCUUGAGAGAUGUGGUAAUAGGAGAAAUGGAGAUUUACUUAUCAAGAAAGAGGGGGGCGGGGAGGAGUGGAGAUCUUGGAUGUAUUUCUACAGGUGCUUUUCUAUAUUGGUGAAUCACAUUCCUAUUGGCUUUUUCAGUA